AUGAAUAAUUUUGAACACGAAAAUCCCGGUCAGAGCAUAUUUCAGGGCUCUGAUUUGGCCAGUAUUCAGGUGAACAAUAACUUCCAAGAUGACAAUGAAGAUCAUUUGGAUGUACAGAGACUCGAUCAAGAGCUCAAAAUAGAAUUGGAUGAAGUUUUUAAUGAAAGUGGAGCUAAUAUGAGUGUUAUUAGUUCAAGCCAUUGUAGUGAUGCUUCUGGAGAGGAGCUGGAAAGUAAUGGAAGUCUCUCUGAAUCUAUUCACAAAACAAAGAGAAAAAAAGCAUCAAUACUUUCUAACCCAGCCUUUCAACACUUACAACAUUAUAUGAAUACAAAUUUUCAACCUGAUUUCCAUAGAGAUGGCUCGUAUCCAUCACCUAUACCACAAUACAAUCCUCAAGUUAACAAUGAUAAACAUAUCACAUCUAAUGAUGCUGCACAAAAUGUUAGCAAACAGUAUGUUUAUGAAGGAAUGUCAAAUGAAGCUAAUUAUGAAACUUUGCAAGCUCUGUAUGAAAUGAGGCGUAGUGAAGUAAAUAGAUUACAAAAAGAAUUUUCUGAAUUUAAAAUGCAAGCAGAAGCAGAAAUUGAUAAUCUUCGUAAAAAUUUGUUAAUCAAUGAAUCUGAAGGUCAAAGAACAGUCGUGGAAUAUCAGCGUCAGUGUGAAAAUCUUAAAGAAAAUAUUGAACAUUUGGAAAAUCAAAACUUAACUUUGAAACUUAAUGUAGAAACAAAAGAUACAAUAAAUUCCAAGCUAACUAAAGAGCUGGAAACAAUUCAAAUUAAUAUGAAAACUCUUGAAGAACAACUUACUAACCUCUCACGUAAUAAUGGUUCAAGGCAAUAUGAUACAAAUGUGGACUGUAUUGUAAACGAUUUGAAAAAAAAGCAUAAACAAGAAGUAGUUAAUUUACAGAACCAAUACAAAAGUGUUUUAGAACAAAUACGUUUUAAAGACCGUCAUUGUACAUUGUUAACAAACGAGCUAAAAAAACUGCAACAAGAACACCAUCGCAUUAUAUCAGAAAAUAAUGAUUUGAUUUGUAAUCUAAAAAAAGAAUUAAAUGCAGCACAACAAAAUAAACUAUCAAUUUCCAAUAACUAUGAUCACAUUUUAAAUUUAAACAGUCAACUUAUUGAAUGUUCCAAACAAAAUCAACAGUUAAAUAAUACAUUACAAAGGUUAACAGUUGAAAAUGAGAAACUUCAUACUAAUUUGAAUGGUUCACAUGUUAGCAAUGACUUACAUAAUAUUAAUGAUGGAAGUCUAUUAGAAGAAGAUUAUCAGAAGAGUUUAGAAUUGUUACAAAAACAAAGAGACGAUGUAAAAAAUUUAACAGAAAUGUUAAAUGUUAAAAAUAGAAGUAUUGCUGAAUUGGAAAAGAAAGAAAUAACAUACCAACAUUGUAUUCGUAAAAUACAGUUAGAAUUAGAGAAAUAUUCUCGCGAUAAAAGCCAAAUUGGUGAACAUUCUAAUUAUUGUGAAACACUUCGAAAUGCUUUAGAAUUGCAACUAGAAGAUACCAUGUGUAAGUUAAUUCGAACAGAAGAAAUGGCUACACUUUCAAAACAAAUGAUUGAUGAUAAGCUAAUAAACAAUAAUUCAAUUGAAGAAUAUAUGCAUUACCAUCAAUCAUCAUUGGAAAAUAUUUCAAAGCAAAAGGAUGAAGAAAUAGAGAAACUUAAAAAUCGAAUGGAAGAAUAUGUAAAAGAAAUUGAUGAACUAAAACAACUCUAUGUUAAAGUAUGUUCAGAGAAGGAACAUAGUUUAAAUGAAAAAGAAAGAUUAGAAAAACGUUUUUGUGAAUUAUCUUCUCAAUUUGAAACACUAGAUAAACAAUAUGGUUCCAUAGUGAAAGAAAAAGAAGAAUUGGCUAUCACUUUAACUGGUAUUAAAAAAGAAAUGAGUGCUGAUCAAGAUUCUUUUCAAAAACAAUCAUUGAUAAAAGAAAUUGAAGAUUUAAAAAAUGAGUUAUUGGUGCAUAAACGUCAAAAAGAGAUGAUUGCUAAAUUAAAAAUUGAUUUGAUUCAAUCUAAAGAAAGAGUAUUGUCCUUAGAACAACGAUUACAAUCAGAGUGUGAUUCGAAAGUGGCUACUUAUUUUGAACAGUUAGAAAAUUUAAAAAAACAGUAUGAAGAAAAGGUUGAUGAAUUAAAACAAGCAAAAGAUAUAAUUUGUAAGUUGACCAAUUCUGAUUUACAAACGUCUUCUAAAGUAAACAAUGAUGAAAAAACUUUAAGGUCAAAAUUGUCAGAUUAUGAAAAUUCAUUAUCUAAUAUUGAAAGGAAACACAAACUUGCAAUGAAUGAAAUGACAUUCAAAUAUAAAAAUGAAUUAGAUGAGUUGGAGAUGAUUUACAAUAAAAAAUUUAAUGAGGAAAAAGUUGCAUGUGGUAAAAUAAUUGAAGAGCUUAAGAGUAAACAUAAAAUUGAAAUAGAAACAUUGAACACUGUAGCAAAACAGAAUGCAGGCGACUAUGCAAACCAGGAAAUGAUACAAAUUGUUGCUCAUCAUAAACAGCAGUUUGAAAAAGCUAGAGAGAUUGUAACAUUAAAAAACAACCUCAUAAAAGAACUUGAAAUUAAAUUGGAAAACGCCAAGACAGAAAUUUUAAAUCAUGCUCGUCAGUAUGAACAAUUUAAAGAAAUGCACUCUAGUUCAACAAAUAUAAAUAAGCUCAAACAACAAAUUGAAGAGGAAAGGUCAAAAUUUGCACAAAUAAUGACCAAUUGGUCCCAAGAGAUGCGCCAAAUGAAAGAUAAAUUAUCUACAACAGUAUCCGAAUGGGAAAAGUUACAGGCAAAGUAUGCCAAAGUAAAACAUGCUGCAUUGGGUUAUAAACAUGCCAACCAAAAACAACAUCAAGUUUACAAUGAAUUAUUGGUAAAUUGUGUUCGUUUCCUAGAUGAACUCAAAACUAAAACUGAUGAGCUUUUGACACACAGAGAAAAUGAAAUCCAACAAGCACUUGAGGAAUUUGAAAAUGAUUGCAAACAAAGACGUUUAGCAUUCAGUAAUGUUAAUAAAUUAUCAAGUUUUAACACUAGUUGA